UGCCCAGCACCGGCCCAGGCUCCUGGCCAUGGCCCGCCCGCUGCUCCUGCUCAGCCUCGGCCUCCUGGCCGGCCUUCUGCCGGCGCUGGCCGCUUGCCCCCAGAACUGUCACUGCCACGGUGACCUGCAGCAUGUCAUCUGUGACAAGGUGGGGCUGCAGAAGAUCCCUAAGGUGUCAGAGAAGACCAAGCUGCUCAAUGUACAGCGCAACAACUUCCCAGUGCUGGCUGCCAACUCGUUCCGGGCCAUGCCGAACCUUGUGUCACUGCACCUGCAGCACUGCCAGAUCCGUGAGGUGGCCGCUGGUGCCUUCCGAGGCCUCAAGCAGCUCAUCUACCUGUACCUGUCCCACAACGAUAUCCGCGUGCUGCAUGCCGGCGCUUUCGAAGACCUGACUGAGCUCACCUACCUCUACCUGGACCACAACAAGGUGACUGAGCUGCCCCGGGGGCUGCUCUCCCCGCUGGUCAACCUCUUCAUCCUGCAGCUCAACAACAACAAGAUCCGCGAACUGCGCGCGGGUGCCUUCCAGGGCGCCAAGGACCUGCGCUGGCUCUACCUGUCGGAAAAUGCACUCAGCUCCCUGCAGCCUGGCGCUCUGGACGACGUGGAGAACCUUGCCAAAUUCCACCUGGACAGGAACCAGCUGUCCAGCUACCCCUCUGCUGCUCUGAGCAAGCUGCGGGUGGUGGAGGAGCUGAAGCUGUCCCACAACCCCCUGAAGAGCAUCCCUGACAAUGCCUUCCAGUCCUUUGGCAGAUACCUGGAGACCCUCUGGCUGGACAAUACCCACCUGGAGAAGUUCUCAGAUGGUGCCUUCGUGGGUGUGACCACACUGAAACAUGUCCAUCUGGACAACAACCGCCUGAGCCAGUUGCCCUCCAACUUCCCCUUUGACAGCCUGGAGACCCUCACACUCACCAACAACCCCUGGAAGUGUACUUGCCAGCUUCAAGGACUUCGACGGUGGUUGGAAGCCAAGGCCUCCCGCCCAGAUGGCACCUGCAGCUCACCUGCCAAGUUCAGGGGCCAACACAUCCGGGACACAGCCGCCUUCCGCAGCUGCAAGUUCCCUACCAAGAGGUCCAAGAAAGCCGGCCGCCAUUAAACAGGUCCUGGCCCAGCCAGUCCUGGUGACUGGCCUCUGCCCUAUGCCGGAGAUACUACUGACCUUCCCACCCUGACCCCAUCUUCUCCCCAUAGCCUCUGCCGAUGCACAGAGCUGCCCACACCUAGAUGUCCUGCCAGGGAGGCCUUGGGCACUCCAGCACAUACCCAGCUCCCCUGCAUGGUGGCCAGGAGGGAAUAAAGUGCCUUUCCCAACUAUUAUUCCUGGCCCCACCACCCUGCUGCCUCACAGAGAAGCUGUCACCAAGACUCCCAGGUCCCUCCGGAUUGGACAGGGUGGACAUCAGGAUGGCCACCCCUCCAGAAUUGUCCUUCCCUCUUCUCCCCUCUUCCUGCCAUUUGGAAACCAGCAUCAGAUCCUCGUCCACUCCUUGCUUCCAGAAAAAGACUUAAGCCCACAGCCCAACUCCACCGGCCCCUUGCCCUCCAGGACACUCUAGCAGGACACGUGUGCUUUGCUGCAUAUUGUCCCAAGCUGUGUUGUCCCCAGAUUUCUAUAAAUAUAAGUUUAUGUGUG